AGCGGCUCAGCCCGGGCCGAGGCGCGGGGAGGGACCCUGCGAGGGCAGCGCCCCGCCGGCCGGACCGGGGCCGCGGGACCCCGCUCGCCCGGCCACUCGUGCGCCCGCGCGGACGGGCGCGCCGCCAACCCGGUGCUGACUUUGGAGUACUUUUUAAAGCACUAGGCAUGGUAAUUUCUACUUUUUGGGACCUCAAAACCAAGAAGCUACAGAGAAUCCUAUGUCAAUAAAGUGAAAUCUCUUCCAUUGUGCUUUUGCAUUUGGAGACUCCUGUAUUUCCCCGUACACAAGGAGUGUAGAACUAGUGUGGUCAUUAUGAACGUGACAAGUUUAUUUUCCUUCACAAGUCCAGCUGUGAAGAGACUUCUUGGGUGGAAACAGGGUGAUGAAGAAGAAAAAUGGGCAGAGAAAGCUGUUGAUGCUUUGGUGAAAAAACUGAAGAAAAAGAAAGGUGCCAUGGAGGAACUGGAAAAGGCCUUGAGCUGCCCAGGGCAGCCAAGUAACUGUGUCACCAUCCCCCGCUCUCUGGAUGGCAGGCUGCAAGUUUCCCACCGGAAGGGACUGCCUCAUGUCAUUUACUGCCGAGUGUGGCGUUGGCCCGAUCUUCAGAGCCACCAUGAACUAAAACCACUGGAAUGCUGUGAGUUUCCUUUUGGUUCCAAGCAGAAGGAAGUGUGCAUCAAUCCCUACCACUAUAAGCGAGUAGAAAGUCCUGUUCUUCCUCCAGUGCUGGUUCCAAGACACAGUGAAUAUAAUCCUCAGCACAGCCUAUUAGCUCAGUUCCGUAACUUAGGACAAAAUGAGCCUCACAUGCCACUCAACGCAACUUUUCCGGAUUCUUUCCAGCAACCCAAUAGCCAUCCGUUCCCUCACUCCCCCAGCAGCAGCUACCCCAACUCUCCUGGAAGCAGCAGUGGCACCUACCCGCACUCCCCCACCAGCUCAGACCCAGGAAGCCCUUUCCAGAUGCCAGCUGAUACGCCCCCGCCUGCUUACCUGCCUCCUGAGGACCCCAUGACCCAGGAUGGCUCCCAGCCAAUGGACACAAAUAUGAUGGCACCUUCACUGCCCUCAGAAAUCAACAGAGGAGAUGUUCAGGCGGUCGCUUAUGAGGAACCAAAACACUGGUGCUCAAUUGUCUACUAUGAGCUCAAUAAUCGUGUGGGCGAAGCGUUCCAUGCCUCCUCCACAAGUGUGUUGGUGGAUGGUUUCACCGAUCCUUCCAACAAUAAGAACCGUUUCUGCCUUGGGCUGCUCUCCAACGUUAACCGGAAUUCCACUAUUGAAAACACCAGGCGGCAUAUUGGAAAAGGAGUGCAUCUUUACUAUGUGGGAGGGGAAGUGUAUGCCGAAUGCCUCAGCGACAGCAGCAUCUUUGUGCAAAGUCGGAACUGCAACUACCAUCAUGGAUUUCACCCCACUACUGUUUGCAAGAUCCCUAGUGGGUGUAGUUUGAAAAUUUUUAAUAACCAAGAAUUCGCUCAGUUAUUGGCACAGUCUGUGAACCAUGGCUUCGAGACAGUCUAUGAGCUCACUAAAAUGUGUACUAUCCGCAUGAGCUUUGUAAAAGGUUGGGGAGCAGAAUAUCACCGCCAGGAUGUUACUAGCACCCCCUGCUGGAUUGAGAUCCACCUGCAUGGCCCCCUCCAGUGGCUGGAUAAAGUUCUUACUCAGAUGGGUUCACCUCACAAUCCUAUUUCAUCUGUGUCUUAAACAGCCUCAGGCUUCUGCCUCUUGAAAACUAUUGAGCCUUGCAUGUACUUGAAGGAUGGAUGAGUCAGACACGAUCAAGAACUGACAAAGGAGCCUUGAUAAUACUUGACCUCUGUGACCAACUGUUGGAUUCAGAAAUUUAAAAAAAAAAAAAACAAAAACCUUGGUAACAUACUGUCGAUAUCGAGAACCUGUUUAGUUUACAUUGUAACAUUCUAUUGUAAAAUCAACUAAAAUGCAUACUUUUAGCAGGACUUCGUGUAUAGUUAAAGGAGAGAUGGCCAAGCCAGGGACAAAUUAUCUAUUUGGUCCUAAGAGAAAUGGUCCUAAGAGAUUCUUUUGUGUUUGGCACUUUAAGGUCAUCGUUUGGCAGAAGUUUAGCAUUAAUAGUCUUUCUGAAGUGUGUUUUUAUCAGGUUUAGAACCCAUGUUGAGUCUUAUUUUCAUGGGUUUUCAUAAUAUUUUAAAACUAUUUGUUUAGUAAUGGGUUUUGUUUGUUUUUUAAGUAAAGUUUAACCUGAUGAUAUACAUAGUAAUCUUUCUAAAAUUGUACGCUGACCAUACUGCUGUCAGAAUAAUGUUAGGUAUAUGCUCUUUGCUAAAUAUAUAUGUACAGAAUAUUUGGAAGUUAAGAAUGGAUUAGACUAGUGGACUUAGUAUUUGAGGGGGUGGGGGAGAGGGAAAUGACAACUGCAAAUGUAGAAUAUACUGUAAAAAGUCAGUUUGUGACUUUCAAGAAACAAACUGAUGCCUGAAUUUUGCUGUGUUUCAAUUUUUUAGACAUUUUAUCCUUUUCUUUUUUUUUUUUUCUUUUUUUUUGGGGGGGGCGCCUUCUAUCCCAUCCUCUCCAAAAAGCAGUUGUGCAGCUGGUUAAUUCAUGUAACUGUGAGAGCAAAUGAGUAAUUCCUGCUACUCUGAAAUCAACUGCCUAUAUGUCUCAAUACCAACCGUAUGGAGUGCUUCAAUUUAAUAAGCAGUUUUUUAUGGAGUUUACAGAAACAGGCUUUAAUUUUCAAGUGAAUUGUUCACCAACUGUUAAAUAUUUGGAGGAUUUAAAGAACAUCCCUGUUUAAAUCCAUUUCAAACUUUUAAGGAUUUUUUUUGUACUGUGUUUGGUUUUAUUUUUCUUCUGCUAAUCUUUUAUAUUCACUUAUGCUCUCGUACAUUGAGUACUUUUAUUCCAAAACUAGUGGGUUUUCUCUACUGGAAAUUUUAAAUAAACCUGUCAUUAUUGCUUA